AUGGAGAAUAUUGGCAUUUCAAGAAAAACAUCACCAUGUUUUCCUGUCUCUUUUUCUUCUAGGUGGCUUGUUAUAGCAGUUGGUUUAGUCAGAGCAUACCUUGCAACGGGUAGCUAUCAUAAUCUCUAUCAUUCAAUAGAAAAGCCUUUGAAAUUCUUCCAGACUGGAGCUUUGCUUGAGAUCGUGCACUGUGCAGUAGGGAUUGUUCCUUCCUCUGUUGUUUUGACUGCUUUCCAAAUCAUGUCAAGAGUUUUUCUGACAUGGGGCAUAGCCCACAGUGUAAAAGAGGUGCAAAGUGAAGAUAGCAUCCUUCUUUUUGUGGUUGCCUGGACUAUCACAGAGAUCAUCCGUUACUCUUUCUACACCUUUAGUUUGCUAAACCACCUUCCUUAUUUUAUCAAGUGGGCCAGGUAUACUUUAUUCAUCAUACUAUAUCCAAUGGGAGUUACUGGAGAAAUGCUCACAAUGUAUGCUGCUCUGCCCUUUAUCAAGAGAUCUGGUUUAUUUUCUAUUAGUUUACCUAAUAAAUAUAAUUUUUCAUUCGACUACUACACAUUUCUGAUCCUAGUUAUGCUAACUUACAUUCCAAGCUUCCCUCAGCUGUAUUUUCAUAUGUUACAUCAGAGAAGAAAAGUACUUUCUGUUACUGAAGAACACAAGAAAUCUGAAUAACUCCAACUUCUAUUUAGAGUUGUGCCCAAAUAUGUGUGUAAACAGGAACCUACCCAAAUAUGAACACUCAAUCCAAGUUAUAAAUAAUGCAGAGUAGUAUUUUGAGAAACUCAAAAUAAAUACUUGAUCAACUGCUCAAAUAUUACUAAAGUAAUCAACAGUAGUAAUUUUGGGUAAAAUCAUUACCCUAUGACAGCAUGUCUUGUUAUAGUGAAACCUCUUUUUAUUUUUUUAAGUAUAUCUAUAAUCUGUUGACUAAAAACUAUCAUCACAUGAUUGAUCAUAAAGGUCAUAGAUAAGUAAGUGUGAUGCUUGGAUUAGGAUUAGAAUUUUUUCAAAAUUUGCAUGUCAGACAUUGCAUCAUAACAAUAUUAUCUGGAAUGCUAAACUGCCAUCAGUUUCCUAAAGACUGCUGAUCCUGAUCUUAGAGAAGAUCAUAUUCAUAUCUAACAAGCCUAAACGAAGAGACAGCGUUACCAUGAUAAUAGCUGUAAACCAAUUGCAUAAUCUGCACAACCAAUUUUUUUUUAUGUAGUUGGGCCUUAAAAUACUGCAUUGUUGCACAAGAAUGAAUGAGUGUUCUAAAGAUUCAGAUCUUAAUACCUCAAACAUGGAUGUUCUCUUGCUAUUCUUCAAUGCUUCUCUCCACCAAACCCCUAUUUUAUUGAAAUGCAUAGAUUUUAGCUAAUUUGUUUUUUAUUAUCUGUAUUUCCUUGUUGAAGUACAGAGAAAAUACAAAGAAAAUAUACAAAGUUAGAAAAACAAGAUAAAGAGUGCUACAUUAAAAAAAACUGGAAAAUAGAAAAAGUAAAGUACUUUUUAGUGAUACAACUUCCUCCUUCUUUCCCUUUGUAUUCCUAAUUACUACACUAGAAGCUUUAAAUAAUUUGUGACCAGCAUUGACAAAAAAAAAAACAACUUUUGGUAUGGCUUUAAAAUUGCUAUCCAAAUUCAUCCAAUUCCAAACUGUUAAGGAAAUGGAUUCUUUUAGAAAAAUAAGCAUUUAAAGAAAUUGAAGAUAUUUUUCUUAAAAUCUAUCCAUUUAAAAUUCAACACAUUUUAAGGCUCCAUUAAUUUGGGGCCUACAGUUGAUGCUAUUGCAUGAAAGUUUAAUGUGUUUCAAAGCUAACUCAUUUGGAAAAUUGACAUUUUAUAUGGAAAAUUAUUGUGAAAUCUUUGAAUAUUUUUAAUUAAAUAAUUGCUUUGAUAAUCUUGAA